AUGGCCCGCAACCCGAAGAGCGGCGACUCGAGCGCCUCAACGUCUACUUCCGCCAAACCGAGGUCUUCGCGCGCCACCAACCCGCCUCGUGCCGCUGCUUCGAAGCGCACGAAGUACUUUGAGGACGACGGUGAUGCUGAAGAGGGCGAACAGGCGACUCCGGCCGCUGGAGUGGGAGGUCUGCUUGCGCUUGAGCAGGAGGAGGAGGACGACGAGGACGAGCGGUCGAGCACCAUCGAGAUUGCCGAGCUCGUCAAGGCGUACGCCAAGAAGCGCGAGAAGAAGGAGAAGGCCGAGGCUGCCAAGCUCGAGAAGCAGCUCCACGACUUGCUUGCGAAAGGCCAGACUGACGCCGACGCAGCGAUCGAAGCCGGUCGCAAGAAGUGUGACGGGCUCACCUCCUCUCUUCCGCUUAACGAGACGCCCAAGUUUACGCAGAUCGAUUCCGCCAACUACCGCGAUGCUUUCCAGAAGCACAAGCGCUGCUCCGAGCAUCUUGCCGAGCGCAUCGACGAGUACCUUUCUGACCUCCGCACCGGCGAGCACGAGCUGCUGCAGGAUGCGAGCGAGCGGCUCGACGAGCGCGAACUCCUUGCGAAGCGCACUGCCAAGCAGCUGAGCAAGGCGACUGCGGCUGUCGUCGAGGAGAGGCAUGUCAUGAACCAGAUGCACCAAGAGGCUGCUGUCGCCGUCUAUCGCCACCUCAAGGGCGUCGCUCGCGCCUGA